AUGUGCAGUCGCAAGAUUACUCUGAUAAUAAAAGAAAGACUGGUCGCGGAAGGGCACUGUUGGAAGACAGUGCCACAUGACAUCAAGGAGUUUUAUUGGCAGGAAUUCAAGAAAUACUUCAUAUGGGACCAAGCAAUUGACAGCUUGGUCAAAAUUGCAUGGAAAAAAAAAGCAGCUGACAGAUAUAGGGGCUUAAUGUGGGAAAUUAGGAAAGGGAAAACAAAGAAUCUUGCUACACUAAAUUCUGUUUUGAGUAAGUGGCAGGAAACUUGUAACACUUCUGAAUACAAAGAGAAGUGUGACAAGUUUUCUGCAAAUAGGCGCAGUGAGGUAGGAGGUUCAGGAUCUGGCAUUUCUAGGCACGCCUGCGGUUCAGUUUCACAGUAUACCCACCAGCAGAGGAUGAGAGAAAGACUAGGCAGGGAACCACUUUCUCAUGAGCUUUUUGAGGCCAUACAUAAGAGAAAAGGGACGGAGGGUUUUAUUGAUGCGAGGUCAAAAGCUAUUAAUGAUAAAUAUGUCCAACUGAAGGAGGCUACAACACAGCAACAGGAGGGAAGCAAUGAGCCGAUGCCCAUUAAUGAGGCCCAGUUGUACUACGAAGCGGUUGGUGGGCAGAAAAAGAGUCGCGUUUAUGGGUUAGGAUCCCAGGCUUCAGCAUAUUUUCAUGACCCAUCUCAUUGUUCUGCUUCAUAUACGUCUGCACCCCCAGUGGAUCCUCCUGCAGUUGAAGCAAUGACCAUGAUGCAGAAUAAAAUAGAUCGGCUAGAGACAGAGAAUGGUCGAAUUACCACAGUGCUGGAUGAGUUGCAGACGUUUAUGUAUAGGAUGAUGGCACACACGGUAUAG